GGCUGCGCCCAUAAACUAGAUUUUUCGAAAUUGGGAGAAUUUUUUCUAAAUGUUUCGGCUGUAAAGUCUAGAUAGUCAUUAUAUUUUGCAAUAUAAGACAGCACACAUGGAUUACUUCAACUCACGUGCAAGUCACAAAUGACAUGAUGAUCAGCAAUUUAGAUUAGGACCGAGGAAAGAAACACGGAGGCAAGGCAGUUUACAAACUCAUCACUCCAGUAACAGACUUGGCAACAAGAGAAAUGUUGUUCACGUUAAAAGAGAUAGUGAAGUGGCUUGGAAUGACAGUAUUCGAAAUCUGGUUGCAUCUUCUGUCAGUUUUCCUUUUCACAAUACUUGCUGUUCUCAAACAUGAAGGAGCAGUGAAUAUAAGUUGGUGGUAUGCAUUCAUUCCACUCUUCACCUGCGAUGGACUUAAUACGUACUUUUGUUUGAUUGUGUUCAUUCGGAUGUUCAAGGAACAGGAAUACAGACAAGCUGCUCUUCGGCUCCUUUCAUCUUUGAUGUGUGUGACUUUGAUAUUCGUCUUUAAGAUUUUGUUGUGUCAGAAAUUGGCAAAGCAAAAUGAACUCAGCUAUUCAGAGAUACUGGCACCUAUCUUUAUUCUGCUGCAAGUUCUUGUUAUCAAAGCGUGUCAGGUUCACUGAAGGAAACUGAUCAAUUUGCUGCAAUAUCCAAAAAGGUAUCUUCAAGUACUGCAGUGCAGAGAUACACAGUUCGUCAAGUUCAGCUGCAAAAACUUGGACAUUAGAUUAUGAUUUUGUAAUAUUGUUUUCUGUGUUUGUGCAAAAACCACCAGUUCAAAGUGUUUCCCAAAAAACUGCAAUUGCAAACUUAAAGUUUGUCAAGUAGGCUAACACCUUGAUAAAAUGAUUAGGGUCACUCCCGCCAUGUAUUUUUAACUUAAAAUCAAGAGAAGCAGAUUGAGAGAAGUUGAAUUUUCUGUCGAUAAUAAUCAAUGUUGUAAACCUUCAUACUUUAAAAACUGUUCUGUAUAUUUCUGAAGUCAUAUUAAAUAUACUUGAAUAUAAUAAUGUCUGCGUGUUAAUUUUGUGUGAUGGUUGGCCUACAUUGUACACUACAGUUGCAGCAGCAGACAAUUACUGUAAACCCGGAAAUAUUUGCAUGCCUUUUUCAUGCCAAUAUCCACACUG